AUGGAGCCGUCCGCUGCCCCUCUGGACACCACUCCGGACCCCGCCAUCGUGCAGCCCCCCGGGGCCAGCCCCCCGGUGGCCCCCCGGGAGCUGCAGCAGGAGCAGCUGCGGAUCGGGGAGAGCGGGCAGUUCAGCGAGGGGCUGGAGGACAGAGGUUUACUAGAAAGCAGUACAAGGCUAAAACCUCAUGAAGCUCAAAGCUACAGAAAGAAGGCAUUGUGGGUUUCCUGGGUCUCCAUUAUUGUCACACUGGCUCUUGCAGUGGCUGCUUUCACUGUCUCCAUAAUGAGAUACAGUGCAUCAUCAUUUGGAUUUGCUUUUGAUGCUACCCUGGAUGUUUUGUCAUCAGCGAUAGUUUUGUGGCGUUACAGCAAUGCAGCUGCUGUGCAUUCUGCACACAGGGAGUACAUAGCUUGUGUUAUCUUGGGUGUCAUAUUCCUCCUGUCAUCUAUAUGUAUUGUCAUCAAAGCCAUCCACGAUCUGGCGAAGAAGGUGCUUCCAGAAGUGGAUGAUUUUCUGUAUAGUGUCUCCGUUUUAAGUGGAAUCCUUUGCACUGUCUUGGCAGUAAUCAAAUUCAUGCUGGGAAAGGUCCUUACAAGCAGAGCGCUGAUAACUGAUGGUUUCAACUCUCUUGUAGGUGGAAUAAUGGGAUUUUCCAUCCUUCUUAGCGCAGAAGUUUUUAAACACAAUUCUUCUGUCUGGUAUCUGGAUGGCAGUAUAGGAGUGUUAAUUGGACUUACAAUAUUUGCCUAUGGAAUCAAGUUGCUUAUCGAUAUGAUACCCCGUGUGAGGCAAACGCGCCAUUAUGAAAUGUUUGAGUGAAGAUCACACCCUCUCCUCCGUAAGGACUGUAAAACUACAGCAUCGUACA